AUGGAGCGGAAUUUCUUCCCCAAACCCUCAACGCCCCGUUCCAGCAAAACCGAGCUCCAAAUCGGCGGCCUCAAGACAUACAUCUACGGCCUGGACCAAGCCCGAGAGCAAGGACACACUGAUCUGGGCGUUUUGUACAUUGCGCAUGGCAGAACACGGUCAUAUCGUGAUAGCGAGCCCUUGGCACACAAAAUACUACAUCAGGUUCGAAGCGAUGCAACGCCCAAAAGAGCGGGGUUGAUUGUUGUUGCGGUUGAUGCACGGAAUCAUGGGGAGAGGAAGCUCAAUGACAUGACGAAUAUGGACUGGACUGAAGGGAAUGAAUCACAUGCACAAGACAUGCUCAGCGUAAUCUCCGGAAGCGCGCACGACUACGAACUCCUCAUAGACUACCUACCCACUUACUUGCCUGAAUUCAACAGAUUCUACAACUUCAUGUCCGGCAUCUCUCUCGGGGGCCACACAUCCUGGCGCGUCGCAACCUCCCCAGUCGCCCAAAGGGGGAAACUCCACGGCGUCGCAAUCAUUAUCGGCUGUCCCAAACUCACAUCUUUGCUGCUGUCCCGUCUGGGAGUGGAUCUCGAAGCUGCGGCGCAGAAAUUCAGUGUCCCCAUUGACCUCAUCUACACAAUCUCAUACGAUAAACUCUCAACAAUCCUAACCGACCAACAACGACAACGCUGGCCGAGGGCCCUCGCCGAAUUGGCCGCGUCCCUGGACCGAGUAACCGAACAAUCCUAUCCGAGGGACAUCCCGACAUACAUUCUAAAUGGGAAAUUAGACCCGCUCGUGCCGGACAAGUUUACGGCGCAGUGGGUAAAGCAGCGUAGGGAAGUAGACAAGUAUGACAAUAUCGAGUACUUUGUGCAGGAGAAUACAGGGCAUACAUGCACGAAUCAGAUGGUGGAUAAUGUUUCGCGGUGGUUGGCGGGGUUGCUUAAGCAGUAG